ACUGCCAGAAGCAAGAUGGCGCCCGUCUGUUUGCGUAUACCUCUGCGGUGGAUAUAAAUACGCGCGAGAGAGGAAAAAAGAGAGAAAACAGUGUCGAGAGAAACGGUUACGGACGAUCGAGCGGUCGGUGACGAUCGUUGGUGAUACGCGGCAAUCCCGUCCACGGACGUCGACGUCGCCACGCCGCCGAGGUAACGUCGGUAAAACGCGUUCGUUGUGUGUGUCCCCCGUCGUCGUGAUCCCCGCGCCAAAACCUUUUUUUUUUGCGGCUUCUUCGUCAUUUCUCGUUGCGAUACGUCGUUGGCCGUAGGCGCUCGCGCCGUGUUUCACAGGUGCCCUACACCUGAGGAAUGUUAGAUCGGCGCCCCGGCGGAUCGGCCGAACGACAACACGGCGUGUUGCGUAUCACGAACGAAGAGGAGCUGUGAGGAGAAAAAAGAAAAAGAAACGCGCGCCGACGGCCGGAGUGUGCUCUCGUGGGGAUUUCCUCGCGAGAAGGUGAUCGCGUUCGAUACUCUUUCGUGACGUAUGUGUCUCGCGGAGUUCUAUCAGACGGGUCGGUCGUCGCGAGUGUUUUCGUCGUCGUCACUGUCGUUGUCCAUUCCGUUAUUAUUAUCGUUCACGUCGUCGCCGUCCACGUUCCCGUCGUCGCCACGUUGCGCCGAGUAUCAUCGUCGACGUUCUCGAUGCUCUGUCGCCCUCCCCUGGAGGACCAUCCCUUCUGGACGUCCGGCGAGAUCAGCUGCUACUGCUGUUGCUACUGCUGCUGGGAUUACUAGCCCGGCGGCUCUCUGCGAGGAUACUCUUCUGUUGGAGCAGUGGGGCAAGGAGGCGCCGGAAGCAGCCGCGAGUCCGGAAGCAUAGCGAAGAAGAUGGCCUUCAACGAGCUCAGUCGAUCGAACUGGACGACGACUCGAGUCAUGCGGCAAAACGAGGAGUAGCGGCGGGUCGGCGCAACGCAUUUUCAAACGAGAAUCUUCCUUGUACUCCCUUCCCCGCGUGUUUCGUGCGUGUGCACAACAUAGACAUUCAUCAUGUUCGCCGCGAUGGUGCUGCACAAGCAUAACAAGCACAACAACGGGAAUCACUCGAAUCACCACGCGAGCAACAACAACUCCACCAAUUCCACCAACACCAGCACCAAUCAUCAUCUCAACAACAACAAUCACAUCAAUAACAAUGUCAACAACGUGAACCAGGCGUACAGCACGAGAGCGAAGGUGGAUCCUGAGCUGAUAUUCACUAAACAGGAAAGAAUCGGAAAAGGCAGCUUCGGCGAGGUUUUCAAAGGUAUCGACAACAGGACCCAGCAAGUGGUGGCCAUUAAGAUCAUCGAUCUCGAAGAGGCGGAAGAUGAGAUCGAGGACAUACAGCAGGAGAUCAUGGUGCUGUCGCAAUGCGACAGCCCGUACGUCACCAAGUAUUACGGGUCUUACCUCAAAGGCACGAAGCUGUGGAUCAUCAUGGAAUACCUGGGUGGCGGCUCGGCCCUGGACUUGAUGAAGGCCGGUAGCUUCGAGGAGAUGCACAUUGCCGUAAUAUUACGCGAGGUGCUCAAAGGGCUGGAUUAUCUGCACAGCGAGCGUAAGCUUCAUCGCGAUAUUAAAGCGGCAAACGUUUUGCUGAGCGAGAUGGGUGACGUCAAACUGGCCGACUUCGGUGUUGCCGGUCAAUUGACGAACACCACGAGCAAACGUAACACCUUCGUCGGCACGCCGUUUUGGAUGGCGCCUGAAGUCAUCAAACAGUCCGCUUACGAUUCCAAGGCUGACAUUUGGUCUCUGGGCAUCACGGCAAUCGAGCUCGCGAAAGGAGAACCUCCCAAUAGCGAGCUACAUCCUAUGAGAGUGCUCUUCCUAAUACCCAAGAACAAUCCGCCGCAACUGACUGGGAAUUACACGAAACAGUUCAAGGAGUUUGUCGAAGCCUGCCUCAACAAGGAGCCUGAAAACAGACCAACGGCGAAGGAGUUGCUGAAGUUCCAGUUCAUCAGGAAGGCGAAGAAAAACUCGUAUCUAAUCGACCUGAUCGACAGGUACAAAAAGUGGAAGUCGCAGCGCAGCGAGGAGUCGGAGACCGAGAGUGAGAAUUCGGACUCAGAGGAAUCCAAGCAAGACAGCGACAUGGACGAACCGUGGAUAAUGACGGUGAAAGGUCCGCACGGGGUAAAAGGAUCUGUAGUGCCUAUGCUGCCACUGGACGAGCAGCCCGCAUCCUUGACCCUAACACACACGAAUCACAGGUCCUCCAAUCAUAGUCAAUCGAGCAAACCGCACGCGAACGGCGCCUCGCGAUCACCACCGAAGGACUCCACGCUCAAUCAUUACAGAAGCGAGUCCAGGGAUUCGCUGCGCGAUGGUCAAGCAAAACACACACCGUCCCGACCACACGAGGCCGCGCCUCCGCCACCGGUGGACACAAGAGAAAAGCGAGACGAGCGGGACUACCGUGACUCCAGCCGAGAGUCCACGCUCAGAGAAUCGAAGGAGAUGCGCGAUGGACGCGAGAGAGACAGAGACGGCGUCAGAGAACGCGACAGAGAAGGCAGAGAUCGAGAUAGAGCUAGCAGAGACUUCAACAGUCGGGAGAAGAGGAGAAACAGCAAGCCGGAUGUUCCCGUGGUUCCGAUGGCCGAUCACAGACCCGGCGAGGACAAACAGAGACCCAGAAGCUCGCAGGAGCUCAAGCAUCCGCGAAGCGUCGCUUUGUCCGGUGUUGUUCUACCUCUGCUUUCCGAGCUUCAACGAAAGCACCAAUAUUCGGCGAGAGACAAUAAUGGUGAGGGUGGUAGUGGUGGCAAGAAUGGCGGUGCUAUAGAGGAACUGCGAGGCGCUUUUGAGUCGGCGGAACGCACGUCGCCAGGCAUGACGGAGUCUCUUCUACGCGAACUGAUUAAAUCCUUACUUCCGCCGAAUCAUUCGGAAGGACGCUUAUCUAUGUUAAUGGAAAAAGUUAUUUUAAGGGAUACGUAGGGACGCGAGAGAUCGAGAGUUCGCAAGAGACUGUGGUCCCAGAAUAUCCUAACGUUGUAAAAUUAUUACGUUACUUCUCUCAGUUAUCAACUUAUUAAUCAGCACGAGCCGAGUUCGUUAUCGAUGAGUGACGCGAUACCGAACGUGAACGUGAAGGUGCGAGGAACUGCGUUCAUAUUUUUUUUUCUUCGCCUCACUCUUAUUCUCUCUCCGCUCUUCCCCCUUCCCAAGCUAAAGACCGUGCUACAACGAAGUCUAUCGAAGUUUUACGAAAUAGUCUACCCAAAAUCGCUUCAUAUUUCCAUCUACCUACCUACCUUCGCUGUAGGAAAAACAAAACGCGUAGAGACAGCAAAUGCGCGCGAAAAUGUUGUUACCAGUAUUAUCUUCAUCAUGAACGAACCACAUAUUCUACGUAUUUUAUAAGUUUCUUUUCGUCGGCUAGAAAUUUGUUUUAACUGCGAAUAUCAUUAUGGAAUUUCUCUUUUUCUCGGAAUCCUUUUUUUUUUUUUUUUUUUUUUUCCAAUUUCAAAUAAUCAGAUAAGAAAAUAUUAGAAUAAUUAAUAUACUAGAAAAAGCCAUACGCGUAUAACGAAGAGUAAAACUUUAUCGGCAGAACAUAUUUUUAAAAUCUGAUAUUUACAAAUGGACUCGCGUCGAUCGAUUUUAAAAACAGUCGGUAAAACAAUUCUUAUCGCUAGUAGAGAAUUAAAAAUGCGGAGAAAAUGUAGAAGACGCAUUCGAGUUUAAAUAGUUCAAAAUCUUUUGAGGAAAAAAAAGAAAGAAUAGCAACGCCCUAGCAAUCUAUAAUAGCAGUCAAGUUUUACGAGUAGAAAAAAAAAAAAAAACAAAAAGCAAAAACUAGCGCAUUUGCAGGAAGGUUGAAUAAACGAAAGAGAAAAAAAUAUUCUCAUCAAUAUUUUACAGCCUAACCGAAGUCAUUUUUGCGAACCUUCUUCAUGUUCGGCGUGAACAUCGAUCUGACAUUAGGACAAAACAAAAAAUUUGUACAGACUCGACAAAAAGCGACUAUAGAUGAAGAUAGUAAUCGACGACACGAAGGUUUUGCCUCAAUGUAAAUACGUCCGCAGCAUGCACUACCGAGAGACGUAUCAGGCAUAUAUAUAUAUAUAGACGUGAUCUAUGUAAGAAAAUGGAAAAAAAUCUUCGAAGCUUCUCUACGGAGCUCUCAAAGCGAGACGUUUUUACCAAUAUUUUUGCAGACAGAGAAAGAGAGGGACAAUUAUUUAGUAGCGUAUUUUCUGGGUGAGAAAAGAGAGAAGAGGAGGAUCCUAUAGCAGUCGAAAGAAAGAAAACAUGUGUUCUUUUAAAUAGAUUCCUUCCCGUAGAUUGCUUCCUACGCUAGUGCACGUUUCGGACGCGAAAGGGACAGGUCUUAAGAUGAGAGAGAGAGACAGAGAGAGAAAGAGAGAGCUCUGGCGUGUGCAGUGCUAGAGGAACUUGUAAAUAUGUAUGUAGCGCGAUAAGAUAGUCUUAUUGUUCUGAUCGACGUCUUUGCCAACCGGUCGCACAGCUCCGUUAAACGAUCUUGUUGCCCGCGAGGGUGAUAAAAUCCUUAUCCUUUCCGUGAUCAGUCAUCAUCAUUAUCAUCAUCAUCAUCGUCAUCGUUCAUCAUUGAGAAAGACGAUAGCCGUAGGUUAUAUAGGCGAUAUAUUACCGUUACAAAUUUAUCGAGAGCUUUUAUCGUUUCGAUGUAGUUUUCGCUUGUUGCGUAAAAAAAUUGCAGGUAAGCCGUUAAACCAAGUGUUUGAGCAGCCGUAACGCGCGAUAUGUACACUAGCGCGUUUAAAAUAUAUAUGAUAAUUUUUAAUCGUAUUAAAAAAAAAAAAAAAACAAAAAAAACAAAAAAAAACAAUUUCCCACUUGGAAAACGUCGAAGAACAAUGCUACUUUAGAGAACACUGUCUCCAAAUAUACAUAUAUACAUACAUACAUACAUACAUCCGUGUGAAAGACACUUCGAGAUCUUUCCAUCAUGCCUUAAAAGUAAACGCAUACGUCAUUAACGUAGAAUAAUAAUAAUAAGAAUAAUGAUAACAAUAACAACAACACAACGGAAUCGUUCCACGUUAACAUAUCGUUGAAACGUUCGUGUAUUUUUGCCGGAUUGUAAAGCGAUCGUAGCAAUUUUCGCGAUUUUCGAUAGUUUUUGGAAGGAAAAGAAUGUGUGUAUGUCAGGAUAAAGCGCCUUUUAUAAGAGAGUCUCGAGUUUUUUUAUUAUAUAAUACAAUAAAAUAUUUGACGUGGAACGACUUGAUGACGUGGUCGACUUUAAAACGGAACGUAGUAACGCACGCGAGAAAGAUGUAUUACAUUACGUGGCGAAUGUCUUUGAACUCAACAACGCGCAACGCGUUUAAACAGUCACGACUGAAUGCGUUAUACGGAAUUUGAGUACUGCCGUUCUUCCAAACACUUAACUUGCGUUUGUUGACACAUAAUAAUGUCCGAAAUUCCUAUUUUUCUUUCCACGAUCGAGUCUGAGCUGCGAUGACUCCCACGCAGGGCGUCGACACUUAAACCACGUUGUUUGUGUGUGUAAACUAAUGUAUUUUAUAAAAAAUAUAUAUAUACAUAUAUAUAUAUAUAUAUAUAUAUAAAGAGAGAGAGAGAAAGCGAGAGAGAGUUAGUGAGUGAGAGAGAGAGAGAGAAAAAAAUUCCACACACGCGUAAAAGAUAGACAAAUUUUAAAUGAUGUCAUCUAUGGGGUGGUCGGAAAAGAGUGUCAUGAGUGUAUCGCGUUUCACUGAUAUGCAAAGAUGAGACCAUCCUGUAGUGAUUUAAAGGAAAAUGAAUAAAAAGAAGGUGAGAUAGAGCAAGAGUGAGAGAAAGGAAAGGAAACAAGAUAACUAACGCGAGUUUAUGAAGAAAGUACGUCAAUUAAAACUCGAAAACUAAAAAAAAGGCAAAGAGACUUAAUUAUGUUAUUCAAAUUUAUGUUAUUCGGCGCUUCGAUGUACACAAAUUUCGUUGCAUUUUACAUAUAUAUAUAUAUAGUUUUUAUUCCUGUUUUAAUUGAAUUUGUUUCGUAAAUUUUGACUCACAAUGAUCGUCAUCAUGUCCAAUGAGAAGCGCAAAAACAAUAUUGAAAUAUUGAAAAUCUCUGCUCUACGCCUUUUCUGUUCUCCGUUUCGUUACCUGCCACCCACCUAGAUGAUAAGUAAGUCAGGUCAGGUUAUAUAAACGAUAUGUAUUAACGUUACUUUUAGUUGUUACUUCAAUUAUAUUCAUUUACGUUGUAUUGUUACAAAUACGGUCAUCUUAUGUCGGCUGAUCAAACGAUUUUUUUAAUUGUUACUCUCUCUUUAAUCACAUAAUAACAAUUCUUUUUACGACAGAGGAAAAACUCGUUUGGCGAGGCGACAUGAUUUGAUUCUCAUAAACUAUUUUUCUUAUUGUUGUUUCACCGUUUCGGUUUAAGUUUUUUUUUUUUCGAUCUUUACGGCGAUCGCCACCCCAGGUAGACCUCAUAACGCUGCCAUAAAUGCUUACCAUAAAUGCUAGUUACAUCCACGCGCUUUUGUAGCAUCGCGGACCGAACCGAGUGAGUGAAGCAAAUUACAGCUGUGUAAGCAGUAUGUUUGUUAAAACAAAAACAAAAACAAAGAAUCGUCAGGUCACACCCGCGGAGUAGCGAUCGAUUUUUACGUCCAAGUAAUAAUCAUUUUUAUCAGAGACGUCUCUUUUUUUUUCUUGCGUUUCGUUUUGGCCGUCUUCGCUCAAUGGCCAAAGUUGUACGUGUAGAUGCAGAUUGUUGUACGCGCGAGAAAUCGCGCGUAUAAAUUUUAUUAUCGGGUUAAAAUUUAAGGUAGUGGCUCGUUAUAUUUUUUGUUUACAAUCGGCCGAGAGAGGUUUUUUCAACGUGCGUUUAAGAUCGGAUAGAUUUUUCUUGCUCGGAGUGCGAUAAGAUACGGAAAGCUGACGGGACGUGAUCAUGUAAUCUGUGUAUCACAUACAUACACACAUACACACACACACACACAUACACACACAGAGAGAUAUAUAAUUUGUGUACGGAGAACUAUUUCAGAACUUUGUUUUUCGUUGAGUUCGAAUCUGCUUCUUAUGCCAUACCCUAACCGACUAGGAAAAUCCUACGUUUGAUGAGUAUGUUGCUUCGCGCGAGGGUGAGACGAGACGCGCGCGAGGAUUUGAAUCGCGAAAUCUUUGAUUUCUUCGCCGUGUGUAGAUUGCGAAUGGAAAUGUAAACUGACGCCGAACUGUGAUUUUUCGAUUUUCAGAAAGCUCGUUGCUUUCGUCUUAUUUUUUUUUAGUUUAUAUAUACAUGUGUACGUUUAUACAAAGGGGUCGAUCGAGUGAGAGUUUUCGUUUUGUUUUUUAUUAAUCGAGAUCAUGAUAUCACAAAGACAAAAAGAGAGAAAAAAGAGAGAAAGAAACAGAAAGACAGAGAGAGAGAUCGGCAAGCGCGCGUGAUCCGCUUGCGGUUCGCAAAAACAAAAAAAAAAAACCGCGCCACAUUCAAUCCGAAUUACGUGUCCUACCGUAUCCACAGCACUCUUCUUUGUAUUAUAUUUGUAGCUCUACUAUCCAUCUCUAAUAUAUUCAACGUUAUGAAAAAAAAAAAAAAAAAAACACCGCGUGG